AUGGAAAAGAUUAUCAGGGAACAUAUAACUAAAUAUCUUGAAAAAACAAGCUGCAUCUCAAACAAUCAACAUGGAUUUAUGUCCAAAAAGGGAUGCACGUCUAACUUACUGGAAAGUGUCGACUACAUUACGAAAUCGUUAAGCAAAAGAAAUGUUUUAAGCGAAGUUCCACAAGUGUUUGUACUUGAUCCAACAUUAUUCAUCAUCUACAUAAAUAACUUAACGGAUAAUUUAAAAUCAGUUUAUAAAAUCCAUGCUGAUGACAUUAAAAUGUUGCUAGAAAUAAGACCUGAGUUUCACGAUGCUGGUUGUCUGAUUCUUCAAAAAAGUUUAAUCAUUGUCUCAGAGUGGUCAAAAGAAUGGCUUAUGAAAUUAAAUGUUGCAAAGUGUAAAGUUAUGCACCUUGAUCAUGGAAAUAUAAAUCAUGAAUAUGUAAUGAAUGAUGGUAAUACAUCUCUUAUUAUAGCGGCAACGGAUAUUGAAAGAGACCUGGGCAUCUUUACAUCUAACGAUCUAAAAUGGAAUCAACACAUACAGGUUGCAACACGUAGAGAAAAUAUGAUACUUGGCCUAAUUUAA